GCACGGACUACACCCAGGCGUUGUCUAAUUUCAUCGGCUUUCUUCCCUGCCCAAACCCAGAUCUGUUAGAACGUAACGUUCUGGAGACAAUUGAAGACGUGAAACUUGAUUUAGCUUACGACCUGCCAGCUGCCAUAGCACUUCUGUCUUAAAUCCAAGGGUCUAUACAAAGCUUAAAUCUUAUUAGAAAUUACAGAAAUAUGUCUUGGCAAAGCUACGUGGAUAACCUGAUGGGCGAUGGCAGCUGCAUGGAAGCCGCCAUUCUUGGUUAUAUAGACGCCAAAUACGUUUGGGCAUGUAUAACCGGCGGUGUUUUUAGCGGUAUAACGGCUGAUGAAAUCGAUAUGCUAAUCGGCAAAGACCGAGAGAGCUUCUUCGCCUGUGGGCUCACCCUAGGGAAAAAGAAGUGCUCUGUGAUCAGAGACAGCCUGUUUGUUGAUGGAGACUGUACUAUGGACCUCAGGACGAAGAGUUGUAGUGGGGAGCCGACAUACAAUGUUGCUGUAGGCAGAGCUACAAGAGUCUUGGUUCUUGUAAUGGGCAAAGAAGGGAUCCAUGGAGGUGGACUGAAUAAGAAGGCAUAUUCGAUGGCGAAAUACUUGAGGGAUUCGGGGUUCUAAUGUAAUUAAACUUGUUUAGUAUCAGUUGAGGGACAUAAGUGAGGUUUGCUGUUAAGCUUUCUCCUUUAAGCAGUUAAAUGUCUUGGAAAAUUUUAAUAGCAAUUGAAGAAUGGUUUAAGAUUCUAUAAUGUCCCUAUGUUACUGGGGGAAAGACUUUUUCUUUCUUUUCAAGUUUGUUCAUUAGUUGUCUUUAUUUCCCCCCCUCCCCCACCCUUAUGUACUCCAGUAUUGGUUGUAGUCAUGGUAAAGGAAGGUAUUCACGGAGGACAAGAAAAUGUAUACCAUGUGUGAGUACCUGAGGAAGGUUGGAUACUGAAGUGGCUCUUACCCAUCCAUCCACACAGCAGCUCACUAACAUCCACUACCCUUACCCUGUUCUGUCACCUUUAAAACACUAAAUACACUACAAUUAGCAGAUCCAUCAUUGCCCCAUUACUAUUUUUAUUUUUUGUUUUUUGGUGAAUCUUUUCCUUGACACUUAUCCUCUUUUUAUAAUUUAGCAAACCUGUCCCUUUUGCCACCCUUGUAGUGCCACAGAAAAACAAGCAUGCAGGUUCUAUGAAGACUUAAAAUUAAACCAUACUGUACAUAGUCAGACCAUUACAGAAAAAACCCAAACUGGACCACCUACAUUGAUCUUUAGAUUGCUGACUAAUGAAGUGUUUUUUCCUAAGGCACUAGUGGUCCAUCUUUACACUUAAGCCUCUCCAGUGCUCUGAGCCUUGCUGAGUUAAAAAAAAAAAAGUCUUCCUUAUGUUUAGCAUGACUGGAAGGAGAAAGUGCAUGCAUAUCUUUUUAGUUUAAUGUCAUGCUCCCCAGCAAAUAACUAACUAGCUCCUAUACCUCUGUCCGAACUUUCCAUAUGUACAUUUGGACAGGUGGCUUCACGUUUUCUGAUCCAAGCAGGUAAUUUGCUUCUGUUCGUUCCUACCCUGCCAUCCACCACACUAUGACUACCAUAACUCUGCGCCCCCCCCUUUUUUUUUUUCUUUUUUUUUUUAAAUAUAAAAUGUCCUACAUCCCUACAUGCUUUUGCUGUUGUACUCAGAUGUGCUUUUGUAAGUCCUUGGUGUAAUGUUUUUUUUUGUUUGUUUGUGGGUUUUUUUUUUGUUUGUUUUUUUUUGUUUUUUUUAUAAAUUCUCCCCAACAUUUGAGUAUGAUGGCAGAUCAGCAUUUACAAGUUCUUGGUAAAAGUCACUUGUCAAGGGCCUUCAUUACCUGGACUCUGUAAGGACAUUCCAUCGCUGCUGUAGCUCAACCAUUUAGAACUGUUAGCCAGCUCAAGUGAUUUAUUUCUUAAUCACUGCCCUCCUAUUGCAACUCUGGGUUUGUGUCCGUUUGUUUCCUGAUAGGACCAAUUUUUUUGUCAUUUGGGUGGGGGGGGGGGAAUUAACAAUCACUACAAAAUUUUGAAGGAUGACUGCUAGCUUCAUCUGUUGCCAUAUUUUAAAAAUGCUAAAAUCAGCACUUCAAAAACAAUAACAUUAACUUCAUGAUUAUACACUAUUAAUGGCCUAAAUGUCUGGUGGAGGGAAACGGAAGCUGUAAUGGUAACUACCUGAAGUUCUCAUGAAUGUCUUGAAUAGAUGAAGUGGCAGUCUUAUUGCUAACUUUGGUCACUUCAAAAUGUUGAACACUAAAUCUCUGUUAAUCCGCAAUUUUCAGGAAAUCAUUUGGAGUUUCAUUACCUUGUGCUUUACUCAACUGCUAUGUAUCAAAUGUCAGCAUGGUACAAAUACUUCAUUAAAUGAGCAAAAAAGACAUUGAGGUAAACUGUGUACACUAAUUUUUUUGAGUUUUGGUGGUAUUAAUUGAAGAGACCACUAGUCAGUUGUUGUGGAUACUUGAUCCAAAAAGAUUAAAAAAAAAACAACUGUAUCCUGUGCCAUAAUGUAGACAUGAUCUGUUGCUACUGUGAGAUGGAUUUUAAACUGCUGGCUUCUAAGGAGUCAGUUCAUAAAUGGCACCCAUUUUAUGGAUAUUUGGCCUAAAUUCAAACUGCAGGGCUUGUGGAAAAUGUAGAUUAAAGUUAAAACAUCAAAUCAUGUUCUUUUUGCUCCCUUCUUUCCUACUCCUGAAUACACCUGACCAGCUGAUAUACAACUCAAUUUGUGUGGAAAAUGCCAUGAUAUAACCACCUUGUUUACAGACAGAUCAAAUAAAUCUAUUCCAACCAGAAA